AUGAUGGGGAGUGUGGCUGAGGAAGAUGAGAAUGCACUGGAGAGCAAUGAUGAGGACAUUGAAGUUGGCAAUGUAGACAUAGGGUUGGACCAAGACGAACAUGAGCAGCUUUGUAAUGCUCUGGUCACUAUUGAACAUUUCAGGGGUGAAGCUGGUGCUCCAUUGCACAAUAUGCCUCAAGUGAAGAGAUCCAAGUACACAAAUUACUCAGCCAAUGUGGAGGGAAGCGCAGACAAUCUAUGGGCACCAUUUAAUUCCCAGAUGGAUUGGGAAGUUGCACACUGGGCAAAAGUAUGA